UGGUCGCUUCCUCCUCGACCGUUUUUACUCUACAGCUGCUCCACGGACGGAAGUCGGCAGGAGAGGGGAACACGGAGGCCUUUGAUAUUUAAAAAAAGCACACUUAAGAUGGCUGCCAUCAGGAAGAAGUUGGUGAUCGUUGGGGAUGGUGCGUGUGGGAAGACCUGUCUGCUCAUCGUCUUCAGUAAGGACCAGUUCCCAGAGGUCUACGUCCCCACGGUGUUUGAGAACUACAUCGCUGACAUCGAAGUUGAUGGCAAACAGGUGGAGUUGGCGUUGUGGGAUACAGCCGGUCAGGAAGACUAUGACAGACUGAGGCCUCUCUCCUACCCUGACACAGACGUUAUCCUCAUGUGCUUCUCCAUAGAUAGUCCUGACAGUUUAGAGAACAUUCCCGAGAAAUGGACGCCUGAAGUGAAACACUUUUGUCCCAACGUCCCGAUCAUUCUCGUGGGUAACAAGAAGGACCUGAGGAAUGAUGAACACACACGCAGGGAGCUGGCCAAGAUGAAACAGGAGCCUGUUAAGUCUGAGGAGGGCAGAGACAUGGCCAACCGCAUCAGUGCCUUCGGCUACCUGGAGUGCUCCGCCAAGACCAAGGACGGCGUGCGGGAGGUGUUUGAGAUGGCCACUAGAGCAGCACUGCAGGUCCGCAAGCGUAAGAGGAGGGGCGGCUGCCAGCUACUGUGAAGGGGCGGAGUCUGUUGGCCAAUCAGCACCCGAGGGAGGAUUCCCCCCCCCCCUUCCUCCCUUGCGCACAGAGCAAACCUAGAGAAACCUUAAAUCGAUGGCUUCCAUGGACUAUACUUACUUCACAGAUGCAGAUAUGCCACAGGACAAUAUGAAAGACUGACACACCUGUUUAAAAGCAAAACCAAUCAGCCUUUUUUAACUCUCCUCUGCUACUCACACAACUUUGUUUCUGUUUGUUUGCUGUUCUGUCUUCCUCCACCAGCCUGUUGGUGUGAAGGACCUGUCCCUCCCUCUUAUAUGAAUGUAUGUUUGUAUUUAUAUGUGCAUAUACUUUACAAACAUAUCAUGCCUGUAUUAUGUUUACAGAAAAGGGUAUUGUAGCUCAAAUGCCUCCUGAAUGGAAAGACAGAUUUAGGAUUUGCUUUAAUAGUAUGGAACCCCUGCUCCUCUCCGACCUGCAUGCACGACUGUCCCGAUUCACCUCUAUAUCGCACCACUAUUCAUUUUACACCCUUAAAAUCCUUUAUCAUCAAUGUGUUGAGUCAGCAGAGCUCCAUUGUCCUCAGCUUUCUCUUCUGGCAUUAAUGACUAAAUUUAGAGCUGCGUUCAUCCACUGAAACCUGCGUAAACUGAAGCAGUGGCGGCUAUUUGUGUGGAGAGCUUUUGGACUGCACCUCACUGUGUCUCUCUUUCACGGCGAUGGCUUAAACCGGCACUGGAGACAGUCGGCUAUUGUCAUGGACACAAUACUCAGUCACGCUCACACUGGCUCCGAGUCCGACAGACUUGCCUCUACCGAGACGUCAACACCUUCCCCAAACAAGCCUUCUGUCUGAACUCUGUACUGUUAAAUGAGAUCCAGUACACAGUCAUUAUGCAUCACUGUAUACUGAAUCGACAGCUUUCUGGUCUUAACACACAAUGGAUGCACACUGUAUAAUUCAGACAGAUUAUAGGUCUAUUCUGUGCAUAAAAGUUUGAAUAAAAUUUCCAGUUGACAGCUCAUAUUUUGUCAUUACCAAUGUGAUGUCUCCUCAGUUUGGCUCAGCAGAUCAGUAGCUUUCUGGAAUAUUUGAAAUCGGGGCUUUGUUGUUGUGCGAUAGGCCUUCAUUUGACCCUACACACAAGAGACAUGGCUUGAAAUGUGAUCGGAAUAACGAGUAUAUCCGAGUGUGGGGCCAGUGUCCGGUCAAUAUCUUUCUCUUGAGUAGUCGCCAUUGAAGUAGAGCCAGCUGAUAAACAGACCGUGUCAGAACAACGGUGGUGUGUUUGGGCUCAGAGCUGCACCAACACGUCAUGAAAGUGCCGUUCACAGAACAAGAAAUUGCAUUAAGACAACUAUCGGUGGUAGCAACUACAAUUUGUAGACUUUUCGCCACAAGUGUAUUGUCAUCACUAAGUGACGUGAUCAUAAAACCCCCCUCAUCUUUUUACUGGCAGCCCUCUGAUGCAGUUAGUGUUUCUGCAUCAUGGCUGAAGCAAAGACAUGCAUGCAGUACACACAGUGCAUGUCUUGUCAUGAAAGAAUGCAAGUAUAUUUAAUGGUAUAUUGAUCUCACCACUGUCACAAGCUACAAUAGUGGUGAUCUUAUCGGGUACAUUCAGACCCACAUGGAUCAGAAUGUUGGGUUCAUUGUGUUAAACACCAGAGUUCCAGAGAAAUGUUGAUUGUGAUGACGCUUUACAAACAGGAGUGCGAUGUGUUGAAUGUCUGGACGAGAGAAACAUGCUAUUAAAGUAUUUUUUAAAUACUA